AUGUAUACUCGCCAGGUCUUGUCCCUGGCGCUGGCUAGCGGCCUGGCUACGGCUUUGCCGCUGGCUUGUCCUAAUGCUGCGAACUCCGAGUCUGGCUCUGGCUCUGGCUCUGGCUCUGGCGCGCCUACCGUCUACUUCAUCCGCCAUGGCGAGAAGCCCAGCGAUGGUGGCGUUGGUCUUAGCUCCGAGGGCGAGGACCGAGCCGAGUGUCUCCGGAAUGUCUUCGGCAAGAACUCCGAGUACAAGAUCGGACAGAUCCUGGCUAUGACUCCCGAAGACGAUGGCCAUCGAGCGCGCCCCCGUGACACCGUCGAGCCGCUCGCUAAGGACCUAGGCCUUAAGGUCGACACGUCCUGCGAUAGAGAUGAUGCCGCCUGUGUCAAGACCCUCGUUGAGGGCUACAAGGGCGACGGCAAUAUCUUGAUCUCCUGGCAGCAUAGUGCGUUGACGGAGCUUGCCAAGGCGUUGGGUGAUGAGAAUGCCGAGACAUACCCUGAUGAUAGGUUUGACUUGAUCUGGACUUAUCCAUCGCCCUAUGAUAAGUUGACUGAAACUGUUGAGGAGAAGUGUCCCGGUCUGGACGAGGGUCAGUCUGGCAACAAUAUUCAGGCCCGUAAUAACCAGCAGCCCACCAAUAACGGCGGCGGCGACAGCUUCUCCACCAAUACCAGCAGUGGCAAUAGCAAUGACAACUCCUCUACCAACAACGGCGGCGGUAACGGCGGCGGCAGCGGCGGCGACAGCUUCUCCACCAAUACCAGCGGUGGCAAUAGCAACGACAACUUCUCUAGCAACAACGGCGGCGGUAACGGCGGCAACAGCACCGGCGGCGGCAAUGACUCCUCCUGCGCCGGCAAUGAUAAUCAAUUCAAGUGCGACGACGGUCUUGACGGUCCGAAUAAUAGUCUGACUGAUAGCAACAGCAACAGCAACAGCAACAGCAACAGCAACAGCAACAGCAACAGCAACAGCAACAGCAACAGCAACAGCAACAGCAACAGCAAUAGCAACAGCAAUAGCAACAGCAAUAGCAACAGCAAUAGCAACAGCAAUGCCAACAGCAAUAGCAACGGCAACGACAAUAGCAACAGCAACAGCAAUAGCAACAGCAAUAGCAACAGCAAUGCCAACAGCAAUGCCAACAGCAAUAGCAACGGCAACGGCAAUAGCAACAGCAACAGCAAUAGCAACAGCAAUAGCAACAGCAAUAGCAACAGCAAUAGCAACAGCAAUGCCAACAGCAAUAGCAACGGCAACGGCAACAGCAACGGCAACAGCAAUGCCAACAGCAACAGCAAUGCCAACAGCAACAGCAAUGCCAACAGCAACAUGGAUAACAACAGCAAUAGUAACAGCUGGGCCAAUACCGGCGGCAACGGCGGUGACGACUCCAUGCUCAGCAAUGAUGAUGAAUGGUAUUGCGACGAAGAUGACACCGACAGCAACAUUGAUAACAACGCCGACAGCAACAUUGUUAACAACGCCGACAGCAACUUUGUUACCAACGCCGACGACAACAGCGACGACGACGACGACAACAGCGACGACGACGACGACAACAGCGACGACGACGACGACGACAACAGCGACGACGACGAAGAUAGCGACGACGAAGAUAGCGACGACGACGAAGAUAGCGACGACGACGAAGAUAGCGACGACGACGAAGAUAGCGACGACGACGAAGAUAGCGACGAUGGUGACGAUGAUGACGAUGGUGAUGAAUGA